GGCCCCGAUCAAAAGACUGUUUGAGAGAAAGAAACGACAGGCCCAUGUUACGUUUGUCUAUUUCUUCAAAAUUGUUCAUGACUACAUCACAUUCUACGGCCAGGAUGGGAUGGACAAAGAGGUCUUUGUGAAGUACAGACUCUCCAAAGUCAGAGCCAAACAGAAGUACGAGAUAGAGACAGACUUUGCCCUCAAGUAUCUCCGCCGCGAGGGCCUAGAUAGAUCAGAGCAGCUGGAGAAGGAGUAUCUCAUGCAUUCCAUUGCCCAGCAGGCUUCGCCCUUGCAAGAGUCUAUCUACCGGGAGCGAGCAUUCGUCAGCAUUGAAAAGGAAGACUUCUGGAGUGCUGUUUGUGACUUCAGACGAGUGUUGGCCUUGAACCCAAACCUGCUGAGGGUCCACUUUGAGAUGGCUGGCUUAUACCUGACCAUGGGUAAACUAGACAAAGCCUUUGAGGCCAACCGACAGUGCCAGGAAAAUUUCUCCCUCCCGACCUCCGCAGGGGUCGACUUGCCGGGUAUCAUGGCCCAGGCUAAAGCAAUUGACAACGCCUGGAGGAGGAACCAUCCAUCAAGGUCAAGGGGGCUCAGCACAGACCUGGAACACCAGCAGGAAGAGACGGCAAGUGAGUCCCCGAGUGACAAGGGAGGUGACCCGGGACUGAUCUACCGCCACCAGCUGUGCUCGGGCUCCACGGCCUUUCUCAAUGGUCAGUACGGCCAGGCCCAGGAGCACUUCCAGCGGGCCCUACGACUGCUGACAGACCAGGCUGUGGAAGUAGAGGCGGAGGAAGUCUUGGUGCUCAAGUACAUCUGUGGCAAAUCUUGCCUGGCCUCGGGGAACUACCACAAUAUUCUGGAUGCGGUAGAGAGGUUCCAGGGUGUUCUCAAAGAUUCUGAUUCCUUCCUUGCUGCUUUCUAUGGCUUGGGUAGUGCCUACGUACGCUUGAAAAGAUUUGAAGAAGCUUUGGUUCCCGUCCGUGCGGGUCUGGACAAGGUCAAGGGCAAGGCGAAGAAGGAGGACUUCUUCCUGUGGCCGCAGACAGACCAGGUGAUACAGGAGACGCAACCCGCCGUUCUGAAGCGGCUUCUGAAGGAGCUUUACAAGGAGUGUCUUUGUCCUCCGCAGCCAGAUGCCGUGUGUAGACUGCACUUUGACGCGGAGGAGCUGCGUCGCAAUAUUUACAUGUCUGACCCAGAUUACAGGGGUCAUGUGCGUCUGCUGUGUUUUGCCAACUGCUGUUUGGAGUUGCAUGCUACGUGUUGGAAGAUGUUCAAGGCCAGGCUGGAGGGCAAGGUGAAGGAUAAGGAUGUGGUGGAUACUCGGUGCCCCACGCCGGACUGCUGGGGAGUGAUCCGGGCCGUGUACAUCCACAAAGUGGACAGUGACAGGCCGGUCAAGAUUCUGUCCCAGCGGACCUGGCAGGAUAAGGUAGCCGACCCCGCCCCGAGGGUCAAGGUCAGGUCUGACAACCCAGAGAAACUGAGGAAAAAGAUGGAACGGAAGAAGGUAAAGAGGCAGAAGAAGGAAGAGGCGAAACUGGCCAAGACGGAGGUAGAGGAGAGUCCUGCUGUGGUGAAAAAAGAUGUGGAGGUUGAGCCACAACCAGUCCUGAUAGAGUCGGAGAAACUGGUGGAGCUGAGGAAAGACGAGAUGGAGGUGCUGCUGGAGGGCAAGCAGAAGUCGAGUAAGGUGAAGAAGAAGAAAGACAAGAGCGGUAAACAGGUCCUGCAGGUGGACUUCCAAUACGCCGGGGAUGAUGGGAAGGAGUUGUUCGGGGCCCACUCCCUGGAUGAAGAUGGAAAUGCUGUGUCCCAGCCGUCCCGUAUGACAUUAGGUGGUGGAGGCCUCUUGCCUUUUCCCGGGACUGGACCUCUGCCCAUAGGCAACGGGCUCCUCCCCCUGCCUUCCUUCCCUCUGUUCAAGGACCAGGCUGCAGAAGAUCUCUACCUGUUUUUCCAGGACCUCCUACAUAGCUCUGGCCCAGUGGAGCUGGAGGGGCCCGAGAUUUCCGAGGCUUUGGCCGACAUAUCCCUGGAUGACCAGCACAAGAUCUUCUGGUAUGGUGGUCUGGCCAACUUCCUGCGCUCCCGCGGCUCUUUCUUCGUGCUGGAGGAUAGGGUCGUGUGCAAUGUGGAGGACAGCUCUCGGGCCAGGGAACUGCUGGGGAGGAAGACGGCUGCAGUAGCAGGGGCAACUGUUCCGGCUUCCAAGCCAUUUUCUUGGGAGCAGCGGGCCAAGGAGAUGGACUUACAGCGACUUGCUGCGGAGGAGGAGAUGAGUAGUGCUGGUCAAAAUGGGCAGGUUAAGCCGCCGUUGAACCCAGCCGCCGCUGUGAGGGCUGUGUCAGCGAUUGGGUUUCCUCAUCUCAGUGAGGCCGUAGAGGUCAACCCUGUGGAUGAUAAUGCUGGUGGCUUCAUAGCCGACGCCCACCCAAAGACUCAACGGCUGCUUGAAAACUCUCUCGUGUCCAGCGCAGGUGGUUCAGGUUUGAAUCCGGCUGCAACAGAGUUCAACCCUGGCCGUAGUCUGAUGGAUGAACCGAAGUCCAGUAGCGUAUGGGCGUCCCAGGGUCAGAAUUUAUCUGCAGACAGCGGUCAUGCCAAAGAAAGGGGGGACCAGGAGUUCACGCUAGUCUCCAGGAAGAAGUCUCAAGAGCUCAAGAACUCAACUUCAUUGUCUGGCCUGUCUGAUUUCUCCAAACACUCGGAUAAACUCCAAAAGCGCAUGGAAACCCCAUCCCUGUCAGACUCCUGGCGAACUGACGCCCUAGCUCCCCGUGGCUUGUCCCCCUCACCCUCAGGCUCCGCCCCUCACAACAGCCAGAGCCCGGCCCCCAAUCAGCUAUCGCGCAGAAGCUCGGAUGCGUCGGUGUCCAGCGAGGAUCUCCAGCGUUCUGCAUCGCCGGCCUCCUCCAGCCACUCGGUGGGUUCGGGGAGCACGCAAUCUUCUGCCCCCAAGCCGCUCAGAGCCCCUAGGGUGGCGCUGCCCACCCGUGGAAAGAAGACGCUCCGGCCGGGAUCCAGGCUGGGCAGGGUUGCGGUCCUUGGCCAGCGUCCACCAUCAUCCAACGGCAGUACAGGAAGUGGGCCAAACGGGGAGGAGGAAGAGCGAGAGUCGCAGACGUCUGAUCGUGAUAGUGAGGGGAGCGACCUUCAGGCUGCCCCACCUAACACAUCGGGGACUGUGCCACCACUGGGCGGCGUGCUGCCUCCUUUGUCUUCAGGCUUAGGCCAGAGUCGGAGUAAGCCGGCACGUCUUGGGUAUGCAGCCUCCGCUGAUGACGCCCACACAUCAGGCUAUUCACAGGACACUGCAUUUCUGCCGUUUUCGGAAAUGAGCAGGGGUAGCCUUUUACCUAACAGCCCUGUUAUUGGAAGGGAGAAAACUUUGGGUCCAGGUUCGAAGUUUGGGGUGAAUAAACAGGAUCCUUUAGGGUUAAGUAGUAUAUGGGGGACGGACAGUGGCUUAGAUGGUUCUUACAGUGAUUCGGACCGCAGGCUUUUAGACUUAAGUCAUGAGGAUAAAUCGUUGCUCAAUGAUGAUGGUGGUGUGCGUACAAUGAAUCCCGCAAGUGAUGGUGGGUCAUAUGUGGAUAAAAUGAGGUCUAGUUUUAUGCCGUUUGGCUCCCCUUUUCACCGUCAUUCUUCACUUUCUUCCUCUUCUGAAUCUUCCUCGUCUCAGAUGAAUGAGUCUAGCUCUUUGAAUAAGAAAUUCCCUUAUGUUGGGUCUUUAGUUGGAGAGCGUACGUAUCGUGGAAAUGAUGGCCCCUUACCAAAGAGUGAUUCUUCGGAUUUUGUGUAUCAAUCAGGGAGUAAUUUUGGUAUAAAUGGCCCAGACCGCUCUGUAAAUGCUGUUGGUGGUUCGGCUAUAUCAGGUGUGGCUGGAGAAAAAGAAUCCGAAAGUUUGUAUGGUCUUCAGAAUCAAAUGUCUACAAAUACGUUCCCUGCGGUCGGUGAUUUUGAACCAGGGAUUUUGUUGCCCAAAGAUUUAUUGUCGACGUCAUCGCCAUCGCGACAGCCAUCUCUCGGUGAUUUGCAUCGUUCCGUGAUUCCGUCUGAAGAUAUUGAUGGAUUGGGUAUAGGGGGGCAAUUUAGAAAUCGUGAAUAUUGCCCCAUGUCAUUGGGCUCUGUGCCCAGUGCACCAUUGUCGGAGGGCGGUCAAGGUCCAGCGGAAAUCUUUCCCUCCCAGGGCUCUCUUUCAUUACAACAUUUGUUACCUCCGUCCUCAUCUUCGUCGUUAUCUUCGCCAUCAUCCUCACAAGCGAAAUUUUCCUCGGCGCAGUCAACAGAUUUUCACUCGAACCCCUCUCAUCGUUUCACGGGUGUUACUGUUGCUACUGACUCGUCGUCACCAAUGCUCUCAGGCAGCGCAGAACGAGAUAGUCUUCCUCCGUUGAGUUUCCCUGUAGUCAUGCAGCGUGAACAGAGCUCCCAGACGUCUGCUCCAGCGAGGGCAUCAGUUGCGGUCAACACGGCGCUGACCAUGGAGAUCUUGGAGCGGAUUCAGACCAACACCCAGAAACUGACGGCCCGCCUCAGGGACACGGAGACCACCAACAAACAGCUCAAGUUGGAGUUGGAGGAGAGCCGUCAGCUGUGUGCACUACAGGAAGCAUCCAUGCAGGAGCUGGUCACUCAGAGGCAGGACUUGUCCAGCCGGGCGCACCAGGUACAGGAGGAGAAGGGAAGACUGACAGGCUUGCUGAGGCAGUCAGAAGAGGAAAAAGAAGAGCUGCGGUCCCAGCUGAAAGAGGCAAUGGCUGCAUUGUCGGAGCGAGGUGACAUGGCAGGGCUAGCCGGACAACUGGAUAAGGAAGUGACCCGGGCACAGCUGGCAGAGGCACAGACCCUGGCCACAAGGUGUCAGCUGUCUACCCUGAGGAUGGACUGGAACAUCAGGGAGGCAGCCCGCAACUUGAAACAACUACAGUCUAUCAUCUCACACCUAAAAAGUCAAGGUAAAACUCCCACAGCUGAGAUGGUAAAUAAAAUGGCCGAGUUCCGAGACUACAUCAGCUGUUGUCAACUGAAAAAAGCUGAUAUUCAGACUUCCUACACAUCCCAGAAGGAAGAGCUGAGGAGUGGCAAGAGGAUGGAGGAACUUCAACCCAUCGCCUUCUCCCCACCUCCCAUGCCCAGCCCACCAGGCACGAUUGAGGCUGACUCUGAGGCCUCUUCAGAGACGGACGAUGAUGAGAGCGUGGCUGAUGAUGAUAAUGAGUCCCAGACUAUCAAGACCUCCGCACCUACUUCUGACAUUGCUUCCAGCCAACAUGCGGGUCAGAUUCGACGUCUCCUGGGUGGCGCGACCUUGACCCCCAUCAGCGUUGCUUCGAGUGGGAGCGGCUCCAGGCCGUCAUCACAGGGCAGCGAGGCCAGUGCUGACAGAGCGUCAGUCCCAGCCCACGGCCUGCGGACCUCAGUGGGUGACCGCCCCACGGUGAGGGGAGGAGGUCUGUCCAAUCCUCUCCUCCCCCUCUCCACCGCCCAUGCUCCCCUCAAGCUCCCACGGCGCGGGGGGUUGCUUGGGGCUCCCACACGGCCCACGGUGGGUGUGGCCCGCGGAAUGCAGAGGCAGCAGCCGACCUUUGAGCGGCUGGUGCUGUGUGUGCAGCAGAGAUUUGUGCAUUACACCAAACAAGACAUUGGCAAGGUGGUGGAUGAGCUGAGACGCUCCUCGGGCGGCAGUUUGUCCCAGAUUGAGUUCUCCGACCUGGUCAAUAAAGUGUCCGAGAUGAUCCUAGAGAAGGAAGCCAACAACACUGUGGCAGCUGCCAAGGUCAACGGGGGACAGCCUGAGAGCCUGGGGAUAGAGGACUCGAUGGUGACCGUCGGACCGAUGACAUCGUCGUCAGAUAACUUGUGUACCAUCUGUCAUGAGGAGAUUGUACACGACCGCAGGGUCCUCAGCUGUGGCCACUCCUUCCAUAACCAGUGUAUCAUGUCAUGGCUGGAGGUGCAGAGGUCGUGCCCCAACUGCCGAGGGCACACGUUGCUGCCCGAAGAUUUCCCGUCGCUGAGGUGACCCCUGACCUCGGUACACACACAUUAUAUCUGAGCUGACCCCUGACCUCGGUACACACAUAUUAUAUCUGAGCUGACCCCUUAUCUUAGAACGCACACAUUAUAUUUGUGGUGACCCCUGACCUCCGUACACACAUUAUAUCUGAGCUGACCCCUGACCUCCGUACACACACAUUAUAUCUGAGCUGACCCCUUAUCUUAGAAUGCACACAUUAUAUUUGUGGUGACCCCUGACCUUAGUAUUCACACAUUAUAUCUGAGCUGACCUCAGACCUCAGUACACACACAUUAUAUCUGAGCUGACCCCUGACCUCAGUACACACACAUUAUAUCUGAACUGACCCCUGACCUCAGCACUCACUCUUCCUUCUUCCCCUCCCUGAGACGACCCUGACCUCAAAUCCAUUUGUGACUUUAACCUUUGACAUCAUCUCUAUUCACCUUUGUCAUCAUCUCUAUUCACCUUUGACCUCUGAUACUCCAAAAUGCACCUUUCCCUCACAGUGUGGCACCAACAACAGAGACAUUUCCUGUGUGUUUCAAAGUCAAGUGUCAUCCCUAUAUAUUAUAUUAUAUUUUGUACAUGUGUGUGGUGACUGUAUAUUAAAUAAUCUAUAAGUUUAUAAUUCUUAAUAUUAUAAUGGUUUCUCUGGUUCUUUGGGUUUGGAUGUUAGUUUUUUUCUCUUUUGUUCGAUCAAAUUGUGUUGAUUGUAAUUUUUUAAAUAAUUUUUUUACUGUUUUGCAUUUUUCUAUCAAGUUACCUUGAUUUCUGGGUGAAAAACAUACAUUUUUAUUUCAAAUAAAAAACAUUAUUUGGGGA